AUGAAUGCUCAAAUAAGUUUCCUCGAAGGGACUUUUACCCUCAUACACAUCCCCCUCCAAUCCUACCCGUGUCUCCUCCAACCCCUCAUCCGCGUCCUCCUCCCCCAAACCCAAUCGCUCAAGGGAACAACAUCUCCCCCUAGCCGCGAGCGCGACGGCCUAACCACCGACGACCAACAUGGCUUCCUCAACAUCAGCGUGACCCCCCUCGAGUGCUCCGUCGUCUGCCACAGCUCCUGGGCCAAGAACGUCGUCGAGCCCGCCAUAAAAUGCCUUUCGAAAGCCGCCGCGAAAGCCGUUUCCGUCUCCACCGACGACUACCUCGUCAUCUCCGUCAUAAGCGCCGGCAUGGAUGCCGCGAGCCGAGUCAUGGAGCUGACGUCGCCUCUCGCGCUGGCCGGAAUCCCCAUCUUCUUCAUCGCCACGUAUUAUUCCGACUUUAUCCUCGUGCCUAAAAAGGCGCAGCAUGCCGUUACGCAGGCUUUGUUGGCGCGCGGUUUUCAGCUGGCGCAGAACGAUUCCGAUUAUAGGUUUAGGGGCCACGAGAAUGCGAGGACGACUGCCGCUUCGAGUCAGGCCCUGUCGACGACCGUGACGGAACUCCAAAAUCGAGCGUUUGAUCUUCUCCGAAAAAGCAACGUCGUCCCGUACAUCGAAGAGGGCCUCCGCCUCGUGCAGUGCUCCGGACGCGAAGUAACCCAUAUCAACCAAGAGUUUUCUCGCCACUCGUCGUCGUCGCGCAGACCUGGGAACGGCCACACUCGCCGCCCGUCGUGGCUGGAUAACGUAGACACGAAACUUUACACGGCCAUGAUAUCGGCCUUCGUCUCGCAACCGCGAUUCCUCUCCGUCACCUUGGCGAAAGAUGACCCGCCCUCGCUACUCCUCGAUAAAUUCCUCUUAGACAUCUUCGGCGACUCCCUCGUUGGCGAUACCGAGGGCGAGCUCGUGCCCAUCUUUUUGGAUCUGUCUAGCCUCUCGUACGAGGCUACCGGUAUCGUAUGCGGCGUGGCUGGGAAGCUGGUGGGCGAUAUGGAGAGUCAGGGGAGCUCGGAAUUGUCGUAUCUCUCGACCGCGAGAGCUGGGGCUGUUAUCCUCUCCACGAAGCAGGCUAUCCGAGCGUUGGAUAUAUUGAAACCGAUGCUGGACAAGCAGGAGGGGAAGUAA